AUUAAUGAACUUCUCUCUUCUCUUCAUCUAAAAGACGAUGAACGGGGGAGGAAAAGUGGUCUGCGUCACCGGAGCUUCUGGUUACAUAGCUUCUUGGAUUGUUAAGCUUUUGCUGCUCCGUGGCUACACCGUCAGGGCUACCGUUCGAAACCCAAGUUUGUUCCGUCCUUUUCUCUUUCCGUUAUCUGAAUAUAUCAUCUUUUUACAAUGAAUAGAAAGAUACUCUCUAGCUAAAGAUACUCCCAAAAUCGAGCAUACUUUAUUUGAUUUCCACCUUUAAGUACGUAAAUUUUAUUUUUUCAGUUGUAAGACUUUAGAGUUGCAUUUCGACGACAUAUAUAUGUUAUAUUUUUUCAUUAGCGGACUCAGCAAAAUAGAACAUCUUCUUGCACUUGAGGGUGCAAAAGAAAGACUUAAACUGUUCAAAGCAGAUCUUUUGGAAGAAUGUUCCUUUGAGCAAGCUAUCGAAGGUUGUGAUGCCGUCUUCCAUACAGCUUCUCCGGUUAAGUUCAUCGUCACGGAUCCUCAGACUGAGCUGAUAGAUCCAGCCGUAAAGGGUACUAUUAACGUCCUUAACACAUGCAAGAAAACUUCCUCAGUCAAAAGAGUCAUUCUAACGUCGUCCACGGUUGCGGUUCUUAUUCGUCAACCACCUUUGGGGCCAAACGACGUGGUGGACGAAACCUUCUUCUCCGAUCCAAAUUAUUGCAUGGAAACAAAGUUCUGGUAUCCACUGUCAAAGACUUUGGCUGAGAAUGCAGCGUGGCAAUUUGCCAAAGACAACGGAAUGGACUUGAUCGCGCUAGUUCCAGGAUUUAUAAUCGGGCCACUUUUGCAACCUACCCUUAAUUAUUCGGUAGAGAAAAUUGUAGAUAUUAUAAAUGGUAAGAACCCUUUCUACUCUAUAAACUACAGGUUCGUGGACGUGAGAGAUGUUGCUUUGGCUCAUGUCAAAGCGUUGGAGACUCCUUCGGCCAAUGGCAGAUACAUAAUGGAUGGCCCAAGUAUGACGAUAUACGACAUUAAAGAGACUAUGCGUAAAUUAUUUCCAGAUUUGUGUAUUGCUAAUACGAUAGAAGAAGUUGAGAUAAAAGAAUAUACUUACAAAGUGGAUGUGGGGAAAGUGAAGAGCUUGGGAGUUGAGUUCACUCCUCCCGAAUCAAGCCUUAGAGACACUAUCGUUAGCCUCAAGGAAAAAUGUCUCUUAUGAGAAGAGAUCAUGCUCAUUAUAUAUGUAUUUACAACUUUUAUUUUAUUAUGAUGCAUUUAAGUU